AUGGCGAGCGAUCAUCCUCGACAAGCCAGCAAAUGGGAUGCCGCAAAGAAGAAGCCAGUAGUCGAUUCUGGGUUCGAGUUCGUGUUGAUGGGAGCAGACGGUGCUCUCAACAAGGCCGGCAUCAGCCAAAUAAGAGCACAUACUACACGAGAACUGCAUAGGACGAGACGGCAAACUGGCCAGGUCCUACCACGACGUCGCCGCAAUCGUGUUGUCUUCGCAGUGUAUAAUCAGAGGGGGAUGCAACAGAACGUAUGGCCUGAGGGCACCAAGAACAGCACUUUCUUCACAUCAAUGCUGCUCAUGUGUUCGGUUCACCUCGAUGGCCUGAGCUCCAGGUCAAUGUCAUCCACGACGACUGCCUUGAAGUUGGAAGCCAUGCAGCGUGUGCGCACCCUUAUCCAGCAGUCCUCUCCAGUUGCCAUCAUGAGCUGCAUCUCUGCCAUUGCUGCUCUUGCCACGUGUGCUUUAGUACGUGGAGAACCUGCAGGGGCGGAGGAGUAUGUCAUCCAUCGAAAUGCGUAUGCAGUUCUCAUCAGAGAGGCAGAAAGAUUGCAUAUGUUUGAGGAUUCCAGGUUCUGCAAGGACGUGUUGAGAAUCAUCAUGAUGAUCGCAAUCUCGAGAAGGUGCAACAUCCCGGUGCCCGGUCUCGCCCCUCCACUGAACCCCAGCACAGCAUUUCAGGAAUACGAGCACAUUUUUGAAGACAGAUGGCAUACAAGACUUCAUGCUGACCCAGAGCUAUAUUCACCCUUUUACGAUGGGCGGAUAGACCUUAGCGAAGAUCCAUUUCCGUUAACGAGAAGGGGGCAUCUACGACUCCUCCUCCAGAUGAUGCAAUCAAUGGUCAAAAUCUGGCUUCGGCGAAACACUCGCUCAUCACAACAACAACUUACCGCCGAUGCAAUGAUCUCGAUGUCUCUGGGCCAGCGUAUAUUGGCCAUGCCGUCCUCUAAAAUACCUGACUUACCUUCCACCGCCGAUAACGUCUACGAGGCAUGCAGGUUGGCCUCGGUCCUGUUGAUUCGAUCGGUUGAGAGCAACAGACACUGGCGUUUCGUCGUCAGAGGCACAUCCAUACUUCAAGACAUCCGAGAUGCACUACAGAAGACCGACUUGGACAACCUCUGGGACAAGGAGAUUGGUCUUCUUUACUAUGUUGUCUUAAUCUUCCACACCGCCGCCUUCGACACGCCGUACUAUCUGCUGAGCCAUGGUCUGCAGGCGAGGGUACAUUUUGCGGCGACGUACUCAUACGCCGAUUGGAUUGGGGCGUUGCAACCAAUGUUGACGCUCUUCGAGCUGAUGCCGAUGAAGGAACAUAUCUUGCCAGAACGACCUGCAGCAUCGGCGUCUACGGCCAUUUACAUGGAGACAUUAGCCGAUCUGCAAUUGACUGCAGAGCCCGACAGCGUGGUACUUUCCCCAUGA